AUGAGUGAAAAUGGAUCAAAGGGAAGGGUCAAGGACGACGGUGGACAUGUCCGGUACCGAGGCGUUCGUUGCCGUCCAUGGGGAAAGUUUGCGGCCGAAAUUCGUGACUCCAAUAAGCAAGGUCAAAGGGUUUGGCUUGGAACUUUCAACACUGCAGAGGAAGCGGCUAGAGCAUAUGAUAGAGCUGCUUACAAUAUGAGAGGUUCAUUUGCAAUCCUUAAUUUUCCAAAUGAAUACAAUAUGCCAGCUCGUGCCGGUUCCGGUGCCACUUCUGCUUCAUCAUCUUCUUCAAGGAAUAACAAUGUGGAAGGAAGAGGAAAACAAGUGUUUGAGAUUGAGUACUUGGAUGAUAAGUUGUUGGAAGAGCUUCUUGAUUUUGAAGAGAAAAGAAAUAAAGGACCCUGAAAU